AUGUCCGAGGCGCUGUUUCACUGCGAGAACUACUUCCACAUCGGCGCCUACGCCGAGUGCGUCGACGCCGCGAGGGCGUGCGCGGACGCGGACGGCGUCGACGCCGUCAGGCGCGACGCGUUCGUCGCGCGAUCGCGCGUCGCCAUGGGCGAGGGCGAGAUCGUCGCGCGCGAGACGGCGGAGGACGCGCCGGCGGCGCUGCGAGCGGUGAAAUUGCUGGCGCUGUACGAGACGAACGAGGACGAAAAGGCGAGACAGAGCGCGAUGGAGGCGAUCGGUGAGAUGCUGGCGGACGAACACGCGUCUGGGGACGCGACGACGCGACUCGUCGGGGCGACGCUGCUCGCGCGAGAGGGGAAUUACGUCGAGGCGAUGAGGCUGUGUCACGGAGGAUCGUCGCUGGAGUUGAACGCGAUGAUGGUGAACUUGCUGUGUAAGAUGGAUCGCGCGGAGUUGGCGGAAAAGCAAGCGAAGAUGAUGCAACAGAUCGAUGACGAUUCGACCAUCGCGCAGCUCGCGUGCGCGUGGGCGAACUGCGCGAGCGGCGGGAAGAAGAUUCAAGACGCCUCGUACAUUUACCAAGAGCUCGGCGAUAAGUACAAGUGGACGCCGAAGCUGUAUAAUGGUUCAGCGGUGUGUUCGAUGAUGAUGAAUAGUUACGAAGACGCCGAGCGUGAUUUACUAGAAGCCGUGGCCAUCGAUCCGAAGGAUGGCGAGACGCUCGCGAAUUUAGCCGCGUGCGCGCUGCACCUCGGCAAGUCCUCGGCCAGGUUCGUGAACGCCAUGAAGCAGGCCGGAGUGGCGAACGAAGCUUUGACGAAAAUCGCGUCUUUGGAGCGAGACUUUGACCGCGCCGCCGCCGCCGUCGUAUUGUAA